AUGCAUCCAUCACCAAAGCGCUCGGUGAUCAAGCACCCUCACGAGUUUCACGGCGCUCAAGUCCUGCCGCGUAGUGCCGAUGCCCUUGCCGAAGCAUCUGGUCGCAAUGAUCCGUCCUCGUCGUACAAUCAGCCCGACUCGUCGGUAGCGCCACCGAACUAUCUCAAGGGCGUACAGGGCAUCGGAGGCACAGACGGCGCCUUCACAGGUCUUGCAGGCAGCUUCGACUUUGACGACAUGACCCUCGUGCCGCAACGCAGUGCGCCUGCUCCGCCGAGCAGCACCACCGGUGCCUCUGGCUCCAAUCUUGGCUCCCAGGGCGCAUCCGCCUCGAACUCUGCUUCGCCCACGUCGGUCUCCACAUCCACGUUCGCCAACGGUUCGUCGAGCUCCUCCGGCGCAUAUCGCCCCCAGCCUACCAUCAACACCUCCGUCAACGGAUCGCAGGGCGCCAGAUCGGGUCUUCCCACACAGACCGGCCUUCCUUUCAGUGUCUCUGGGCUGUCCAACAACCCUCCGGUUGCAUCGCCGAUCAACGGACCAAGCUCGGCUGUUCCCUGGUCAUCUCAAAACCAGUCAGCAUCCGGUUCUAGUGCCCCUUUCCCACCGCGUCCGGUCCGAUCCAACACCUCAGGUCCCGACUCGCUCCAUACCAUUUCUUCGGUCAGUGCUUCCCAACAUGUUGCCCCGAUCAUGGCGCAACGAUCCCACUCGAGCAUCGGUCCUCAGCAACAUCAAUUUUCGCCCAAUCUCAACCAGUCUUCACCAACGCUCGAGGGUGAUCCGGCGCCAUCGCUCACAACACAGAGCCAGUUUGUCCAUGGCAGCAGAGAUCGCGAGAGAAGUCGGGAUGGCAUCCCUACUGCCGGGGGCAGAAACACGUUCAAGAGUGUUUUUGGCGGCUUUGUCAACUCGAUGAGCGACGUCUUCUCGGCACAAAAGAAGAUCGAGAUCUCGACACCGUACGACCCAGUGCACUUGACUCACGUCGGCUUCAAUUCCGAUACGGGCGAAUUCACGGGCCUGCCCAAGGAGUGGCAGCAGCUGUUGCAGGAGUCGGGCAUCUCGCGUCAGGAUCAGGAGGCCAAUCCACAGGCGGUCAUGGAUAUUGUCGCCUUCUACCAGGAUGCCACCAAGAGCGAGGGCAGCACCGAUGUGUGGAAGAAGAUGGGUGCCGCCAAAGGCACCAACGCGCCCGGCACACCACGCACCGACACUAGCAGCGACGAUGGCGCCUUCAGAGGUCCUCAGCCCGUGCUGUACGAGAAGCCCCGCUCUGCGCCUGCACCGCCCGGGCUGAUGCACGCCAAGAGGCCAGGCGACAUCGGCAGUCCGGAUCUUCGACAUCCCCCUGGAUCCGCUGGCAGCUCGGGGGACACAGUCCUCAAGUCAUCUCGACCAGCGCCCGCCCCAGCACCAGCUCCGCCGGGCAAGACGGGCUCGCCGUCUCUAGGAUCCAAGCCAAGCGCUGGCUCGCGUUCUCCAGACGCGUCUGCUCCACCGGCGGCCGCAGUUGCCAACGGAGCACCGUCAGCUGCUGCUUCCGCCACGGCUGCCUCGGCGGCAAGCAAGAAUGUCAAGGGUCCUGGCAGCGUUCCACGUAGACGCGAGACCAAGAAGAGCACCAUCAAGGAUUCCGAGGUGAUCGCCAAGCUGCAGGCUAUCUGCACCGACGCCGAUCCGACCAAGCUGUACAGGAGCCUGCAAAAGAUCGGCCAAGGCGCAAGCGGAGGCGUGUUCACGGCGUACCAGGUGGGCACCAACGUUUCGGUGGCGAUCAAGCAGAUGAACCUGGAACAGCAACCCAAAAAGGACCUCAUCAUCAACGAAAUCCUCGUCAUGAAAGAGUCGCGCCACCGCAACAUCGUCAACUUUAUCGACUCGUUCCUGUUCAAGGGCGACCUUUGGGUGGUGAUGGAGUACAUGGAGGGCGGUAGCUUGACCGACGUGGUGACGUGCAACAUCAUGACCGAGGGACAGAUCGCCGCGGUGAGCCGCGAGGUGCUCGAGGGUCUGAGGCACUUGCACCAGCACCGUGUGAUCCACCGCGACAUCAAGUCGGACAACGUGCUGCUGAGCUUGCAAGGAGACAUCAAGCUCACCGACUUUGGCUUCUGCGCUCAGAUCGGCGAGUCGCAGGCGAAACGAACGACGAUGGUGGGUACGCCGUAUUGGAUGGCACCGGAGGUGGUCACGCGCAAAGAGUACGGGCCCAAGGUGGACAUCUGGAGUCUGGGCAUCAUGUGCAUCGAGAUGGUGGAGGGCGAGCCGCCGUACCUCAACGAGAACCCGCUCCGUGCGCUCUACCUGAUCGCCACCAACGGUACGCCCAAGAUCAACAACCCGGAGAAUCUGUCCAACACGUUCAAGGACUUCCUAACGACGUGCUUGGACGUGGAUGCCGAGCGUCGUCCCGAUGCGGUGGGCAUGCUGGCGCAUCCCUUCCUGAAACGUUCCGAAAGCUUGAGGACGCUGGCGCCACUGAUCAAGGCCGCUCGCGAGCAGUCGCGCAAGUCGUGA